AUGGACAACAUGACCGAGCUUCUGGCCAAGGCGCUGCCGGCAGAGGACCAAGAGGCGCGGCAGGAGAAGAUGCAGUCGUGGGAGGACAAAAAGGAGCAGCUGGCGCCGCAGCUCACAGCGCCCUGGCGCAACAGCGAUGGUCGUGGCGGGCGGUUGGGCGACGGCAGCGGCCUGCUUUCGGCCAUUGCGGCCAGCAUCAUGGGGGGCGGGGGCGGGCUGGGCUUCGGCGCUGCGCCGCUGACGCUGCUAGACCCCCUGGGGGGCGGCGGAGGUGGCCACGCCUUUGGCAUGGAGGGUCAGGGGUACGGGCGGCGCGGCCCUGCGCAGCGUGAGGGCAGCUGGCGCUGGCACCACCUGGACUGCCUGCCAGCCGUGUAUUGGCGUGAGGCGCGGGUGAAUGGCAUCAGCAACCUGCGCGGCAUCCCCGCCCCCGAACAGUCGCUGGUGCGGCAGCGCCUGCAUCUGUCGUCGCGCAAGUAUGGCCUCAAGAGCUCUCGGGAGCUGGAGGAAUACACUACGCUGGUGGGGGAUCAGGUAGCAGAAGCGUUGGCCACGCCUGGCGGGGCUGAUGUGCUACUAGCAGGGGACUUCAUUGGCCACACGGGCAGCCUGCCCGACUUUGCUGACCACUCGGCAUUGUUGCAGGCUGCCCUGGAUGAGGCAGCUGAGGAAGUUUUGGCCGCUGAGCUGCAGGUGCUGCCUGAGAUCCCAGAGUACCGACCCGCCACCGCGGCGCAGCUCCAGCACCUGGCAGCCACGGCCAGCAGCGACCCGCUGCAAGCCGCCUCUCAGCUGCACGCUGUGUUAUACAACGCGGCAGCAGCAGUGUUCCCAACCGCCAACACCGCCCCUCGGCAGCGAGCCGGCAGCACCAGCAGCCAGCUCCGCCGGCGCCACCAACCAUGGUUCGACGCAGAGUGUGCUGCCGCCCGCCAGCAGAUUCGGCACCAGAUGCAGGCCAGUCUCGCAAGCGGGCAGCAAAGCCACUUAGCCAAGGAAGCGCUGCGCAUCGUCAGCAACCGCUACAUACUCCUGCGCAAGCGCAAGUCAGGAGCAUGGCGGCGGCAGCAAGGCUCAGCCCUGCUACAGCUGCAGCGCAAGGAUCCCAACAAGUUCUACAAGCGGUGGCAGCGAGAGCACCCCACCAGCCCCAUCGAUGCGGCCUCCUGGCUGCGGCACUUUGUCAACCUCCAGCUCCAGCGCACCUUCAAGCCCAGCAGCGGCCGCACCAACGCCCCCUCUUCUCCCGCGGCGCAGCAGGCAGCGGGCGGUACGGCAUCCCCGCCACCGCCCGACAUCGAGCUGGACAGCGACAUCACUGGGGCUGAUGUGGCGGCUGCGCUGAAGAAGUUAAGUCCUAGCAAUGCCAGCCUUGGGCCGUUGAAAGCGGUGCUAAUCAAGGCUGGCGGGGAUACACUGACGCCUGUGUUGGCCGCCCUGUUUACUGCUGUGCUCCGCUCUGGCUGCUUUCCACCUGAGUGGGCGCUGGGCGCCAUCACCCCCAUUCACAAGAAAGGCGAUACUUCUGAUCCAAACAACUACCGUGGCAUUACUGUAGGACACGUCCUGGGCAAGCUCUACGCCCUCGUCAUCAACGCCAGCCUCACCAGCUGUCUGGUGUAA